AUGGCCAACCGGCAGAUCACACGGAUCUUCAUCAGCGUCGCUCUCUCGAUAUGUCUCGUCUUCUUCCUAUUCGUUCGUCCACAAGGCCCGCCUAGUCCUGCCGUCCGAGCCCCUGGGCACAUUACCCAUGUUACGACGCCGGCACCGGGGAUCACCAUCCAAGAGGACUUACUGAAAGGGGCAGUGGUAAUGCCGAAGCUUGGGAACGAAACAGUAAAAGCUGAGCUCGGUCGCGCAACAUGGAAGUACUUCCACACCGUCAUGGCGCGAUUUCCCGAAAAGCCUACACAAGACGAACAAGACGCCUUACGUUCAUACAUCCAUCUUUUUGCGCGUCUCUAUCCUUGCGGCGAAUGCGCUGAACACUUCCAACAACAUUUGAGCAAAUAUCCGCCACAGGUAUCCUCACGGAAGGCUGCGGCGGGAUGGGCAUGCUUUAUUCAUAACGAGGUCAAUGCGAUGCUCGAGAAACCCGAGUUCGAUUGUAACAAUCUAGGAUCCUUCUACGAUUGCGGCUGUGCCGACGAGGAGGAGAAGACGGAAGGUGGCGAGGACCGUUCUGAAAGUGAGGAUGGGCGCUCGGCUACCAAUGCGCAAACUAGUACCUCGGAUGCGCACGAUCACCUGGCUGUGGAAAUCUCCAAAGAAGCGUUAGUGUCCCGCUGA